AACGGCAAAAUAUGUGUGUGUUAACUCAUUUUAUUUGGAUUAUGUGUGCGUGCAAAGAUAUGUUAUUGUUCUUAGGAUGUUUCACUCUGUCGAAGAAGCUGAACCAAGUGAUAUUUAUGGUUUAAGAGCGGAUCUGCAGGUUCACCUAAAAUGUUGUCGAGCGACGUGGAGGACAGGAAGCCGGGCGCGGAGGAGGAGUCAGAGGUGGAGGGGGCGGAGCCUGUGCCGCCGUUGCUAUGGCGAAAACGUGUUGUUGAGGACGACUCGGAGCUGCAGGCCGUGGCGUCUUCUCCCGAUGGACGAUUCUUAAAGUUUAACAUCGAGAUCGGACGAGGAUCUUUCAAAACGGUUUUCAAAGGCCUGGACACAGAGACCACGGUGGAGGUGGCCUGGUGCGAGCUGCAGACCCAGAGGUUGUCCCGCGCAGAGAGACAGCGCUUCACAGAGGAGGUGGAGAUGCUCAAAGUCCUGCAGCAUCCAAACAUCGUACGAUUCUUCGACUCCUGGAAGUCCAACGCCACCGGAGCCAAGUGCACCGUCCUGGUGACCGAGCUCAUGACCUCAGGGACGCUCAAGACUUACCUGCGCAGGUUCCGUCAGAUGAAGCUGAAGCUGCUGCAGAGGUGGAGCUUUGAGAUCUUAAAGGGUCUUCAGUUCCUCCACUCACGCUCUCCGCCCAUAAUCCACCGAGACCUCAAGUGUGACAACAUCUUCAUCACGGGACCCACAGCGUCCAUCAAGAUCGGAGACUUAGGCCUCGCCACGCUCAAGAAGAACUCAUUCGCCAAGAGCGUCAUCGGGACCCCAGAGUUCAUGGCUCCAGAGAUGUACGAGGAGAAGUACGACGAGGGGGUGGAUGUUUACGCUUUCGGGAUGUGCAUUCUGGAGAUGGCCACUUCCGAAUAUCCGUACUCCGAGUGCCAGAACGCAGCCCAGAUCUACAAGAAGGUCACCAAUGGAAUCAAACCGGACAGUUUCAACAAAGUGAAAGUUCCGGAGUUGAAGGAGAUCAUUGAGGGAUGCAUCCGACCCAACAGCGCUGAGAGGUUUACAGUGCAGGACUUGAUGGAACAUCCUUUCUUCGAGGAGGAGCUGGGGGUGAAGGUGGAGCUCGCAGAGGACGACGACGGCCAGAAGGUGGCGCUAAAGCUGUUACUGAAGAUGGAAGGAAACAGGAAGCUGCACGGGAAGUACAAAAACAACAACGCCAUCGAGUUCCUGUUUGACAUGAACAAAGACAGUCCUGAGCUGGUGGCGCAGGACAUGGUCAUCUUAGGCUUUGUGAGUGAAGCAGACUACAAACUUGUAGCUAAAGCCAUCAGGUACAGAGUGUCUGCUAUCAAACGACAACGAGACAAGAUGCAGCGAUUGGCUGAUGAUGAUGCCAGUCUCCUCGAGUCUACCAAUCAGAAGUCGGAAUCUCCACAAAGCCCGCCUUCCACUCCUGUUACUCAAGACAUGCCUUCAGUUCCUUGGUUACAGGCCCCGCCCACAGGGUCCAACUUGAGCCCAUUGGAUUCUGGGAUUAGUAGUCUUUCCAGCAGAACAAAUGUGGAAGAAGAACGACAGCCAAGCUCCAUUGCCUCCACUGCAUCUAUCGCCUCAACUGAAAGUGGGUCAUCGGUUUCCUCUGGUUUGUCGAGUAUCGCAGAAGCCACGCCCUCUCCAGUCUCAAACCCCGCCUCUCCAUCACAAAGCCCAGCCUCUCAAAGCGUUAACCCCGCCUCUCCAGUCUCAAACCCCGCCCCUUCGUCGCAAAUGCCAACUCCACCCGCAAGUCCCGGCCCUUUCAUAUUAAACCUCGCCUCUCCGCCUAAAAACACCACCUCCUAUUUGUAUAAUCCCGCCUCGCCUCUUUUAAAUCAAUCCCCUCCUUCCAGACAUACCACAUCUUUAUCGUACAAUCCCGCUAAUCAAGCCCCUCCCUCCCGAAACACCACUUCUUUGACUUAUAAUUCCGCCGAUCAAAUUCCAAACCCCGCCUCUCCUCAACUAAAGUCUCCUCCUCCCAUCAGAAACUCCACCUCUUUGACAUAUAACCCCGCCAAUCAAAUCAUUAACCUCGCUCCUCCUCCAAUGAACUCUCCUCCUCCCAUCAGAAGCUCCACCCCUUUGACGUACAACCCCGCCAAUCAAAUCAUUAACCUCGCUUCUCCUCCAAUGAGCUCUCCUCCCAGCAGAAACUCCACCUCUUUGACAUAUAACCUUGCCAAUCAAAUCACUAACCCCACCCCUCCUCCAAUCAACUCUCCUUCUCCGGUCAGAAGCUCCACCUCUUUGACAUAUAACCCUGCCAAUCAAAUCACUAACCCCACCCCUCCUCCAAUCAACUCUCCUACUCCGGUCAGAAGCUCCACCUCUUUGACUUAUAACCCUGCCAAUCAAAUUCCAAACUCCGCCCCUCCGUUGGCGUUGGUGAGCCCGGUGCCACAAAUAGACCCCGCCUCCCUGCUUGUAAAUUCUGCCCCUCCCAUCAUAAACCCCGCUCCCAUAUAUCCUCCUUUUCUUGCCCUCUUUCCUCCAAUCAAACGCACGUCCAAACCUCCUCCUCUGCCUGUGCUCCGCUAUCCCAAAAGCAUUGCUGUUUCCCAGAUUCCCAAGCAAGUGCGAGGCUCUGUGAGCGAGUUUUCCUCACCUGUGGACAGCUCCGCCUCCGACGUGAUGUCCGGGAUGAGUGACAGGGAUGACAGCCAAUCAGAGCACAGCAUCCAGAUGAACCGCCGCGCCCAGGCCAAGGCGUUCCAAAAGCGCGCACGCCUCCGGAUCACUUCCCUGUCGGAGCGCGUGGUGGAGUGUCAGCUGUUCACUCACGACAAUAAAGUGGUCACCUUCAAAUUCGACCUGGACGCGGACAACCCAGAGGACAUCGCAUCGGUCAUGAUCCACAGAGACUUUAUUCUGAAACCUGAACGAGACGCGUUUAUCGACCGCAUGUAUGACAUCAUCAAGAGGGCGGAGUCUAUGAACCAGCCCAGCCCACUACAGGAAGCAAGGCCAACUCUACCUCUGCAUCUUCAAGCCGAGGCGCGGUCCAGGUCCCACUCCUCCUCCUCUCUGCCGGAAAUGGCUGACUCUGCUCCGGCUUCGAUGGGCGGAGACUUCUAUGUGGACAGAGAGGCCACGCCCCCUGUGAGGUCGCUCAGAUCUCAGUCUUUUCACACCUCCUCAGCCUCUUCUCCUCCUCAGCCUCCCGCUCCGUUUCCAUAUCAGUUCCUCCCCCAAUCCCCAACCCCGCCCAUUCCCCAAGCCGCGCCCUCCCACUGGCCGCACCCGGACGAGCCCAUCUUCUCCCUGUCCAAUGUCCUGUCUCUGGCGAUGAGCGUGGCCCAGACCUGGAUGCCCCCUCCUCCUACGCCUCCUCCUCCUCCCCCUCCUCCUCCCAGGUACGCCUCUCCCCCCACUCCCACCAUGUCUAUGCCCCCGCAACAGCACCCGUCAUACAGCCAGCUACCACCGGGGGCGUCGGCGUUCUCACCUGGAGCCUCAGGACACGCCCCUCCCACACUCGGACAGCCCCUCAGCCCUGCGCUCCAGUCUAAUUUUACCUCCACUCCAGCCUCCUCAGGCUCAAAUCCUGGAAGUGACGCCACGACGACGAACAAACCCCUCAUUUCUCCUCCUCCGUCUCCUUCUCAAAGACUGUCUCCACGAUUAUCUCCUAUUCAAGAAGUAAAAAAGCCAGAAUUUAAAGUGGGGCGUUUCCAAGUCUCUCUCUCUAAAGACAACGACAAUCGACAGCUGACCCAACCCACUCCCACCCGACACUCCCCGCCCCCUCGGCAUUUGACCCAAUCAGAGAGCAGCUCCGAGACGAGCAGCAGCAGCAGCAGUGGCCACUCACAGGUCGGCGUCGCGUCUCGGACCAAUCUGGACAGAGACGACGAGGACUCGGAGGAGGGGCAUUCUGGAAACGGCCAAUCGCAUUUCAGCAGGCACGAGACGGACUUGAGCUCCGACGAAUCAGAGAGCGAGAACGAGGAUGACGGCGUGUGGGCGGCGCUACGGGAGCUACAAGACAAACACCUGGCGCAGGUGCAGGAGCUCCAGGCCAAUCAGAAGAGAGAGAUCGAGCAGCUGUACGUGCGCAUGGGGAAGGCGGCCCCUGCUGGCAUCAUGGUGCCGGCGGCCAUUUUGAAUCAGCGCCAAAGAAGGCUCUCCAAAACAGGACCCUACCCGGGAUCCAACCGACACAACAGCCUGCAGCGCCUGGAGCACACGCUACCUGCUGGCAUCAUGAGGAAAAGCUCUGUGAGCGGCAGCAGCAGUGGAUCUCAGGAGAGGGUCAAAGGAGUGACCUUUGCCCUUGACCCGACCACUAUGGACACAUAAAGGAGAAGACGCACACUUUACCUCAAGACUCGGAGACACGACUCUGAAUCAUUUAAACGUUUGUUGUGUUUUAUUAUCCGUGUUUUAAUGUUUUUAUUUAAGAACGUUUUGAGCACUUUAUAAGUUAAAUAUUAAGGCUUUUACACUUGCCACUUUAGAGGAAAAACUACUUCUGUGAACUGCUGUGAGUUUAAGUUGUGUUAUGCAAAAGUUUUCAUCGGAAAACGUGGGAAAAUUAAACGCCCUGUACCGUUUUUUUUUAUUUGAGCAAAACGUGUCUUGAUCCAUGUUGUACGAACGGCUCUUGAGGUCAAAAUAAGUCCGUUGUGUUUUGUCUCCAUCUAAUUAAGAAGCGUUUUAUCGUCCGACUAUCAAGAAGUGCGCGGUUAGCAUGCCAGUCGUUAGCUUUACCAUGACAACAACACUCCGCUUUGGUCUCUGAAAGCUGUGAAAUAAUUAACACACGAAAAAUGGGGUACAGGGCCUUUAAGUCGCCAAAACUGCUGCUACACAAUUAAAUAUAAUGCAAAAUCAUAAUUUAUCAUAAUUCUGUCACUGCUACUUCCUGUUUUUUUUGUCAUUUUCUUUUCAACUUCUUUCCACAAACUGCCUUUUGACUGAUGUAAAACUCUGAUGAAUAUUUAGCACAGGUUCUAUCCAUCAAACCAUAAUAUAAAAACAUAAAGACCUGCCAUCUGCACUUUACACUUUAGGAUUGAUGUUGUAACAUUAUGAACCUGGACUGUUAUGUUUGCUGCUGUGUUUGAAUCAUUAC